CGACGGAGAAAGUCAGUCCAUGUUCACAUGCUCAGUUGUCCUGAGAGUGUUAUCCAGGAGUGAGUGAAGAAGACAAAUACGAGCCGUGGAUCAUUUGAAUCUCGUUCGUUCCCUUGAGUCCGAGAAGAAAAUAAUACAGUAUGAACCUUCAGUGACAAAUUUGGACAGGUUUUCCGCGUUCUACCACUUCGUUUUCUGUAUUCUAACACCGCACGCCAUGGACCACCCCAACCACAGUUUUAGUCGAGAAGAACGCUAAGGUGCGUGACACCAACCAUCCUCGCCAGGCAAGUUCUGGUGGUCUCUUUUCUUCCUUUUGAAGCCUGGUUCCACAUCAACGAAGCUCAUGACGUCAUCCGAGGGCCUUAAAGAGACGUUCAUGUCUGAUCCUGAUUGUCCAAUAAUCAACAGUGCCACUCAACACAACUUGAAUCAAAUGGUAUUCUGGCUGGAAGGCGUCGCUCAGACAGGUCUGGCCAUAUUGGGGAUCACUUUCAACAUCAUCUUCGCCCUCAUUUUGUCCAAGAAGGAGCUUCGAAACUCCUUCAAUAUCCUACUCAUUGUUCUGUCCACGUUCGAUACCACAUAUCUGAUCACAGCCUUUUGCGAGAGCUUACGAAAGAGCUUCAAGCUGGCUACCAAUCUACAUAUCGAGUUGUUCCCUUAUCUCUUGUAUCCAAUGCAAGGGAUUGCACUCACCGGAUCGAUUUUCAUGACCGUGGCCAUUGCAUUCGAACGCUACGUCGCGGUUCAUAAUCCCAUCAACUAUAACCGAGCCAUGAACGAUGCCCGAGCAACUCGAGCUCGAGUGUUUCGCUUCGUGUUUCCCGUGAUCGUGGCCUCGGUUCUAUUUUCGGUGCCCAAGUUCUUCGAGUCCACCGUGGUCCAUAAAUACAAUCCGUCGACUAACGAGACGAUUGCCAUGUUGAAUUACACGGCAUUCCGAGUGCACCCAACCUACGCCCGUUAUGUGAACUGGAGCAAGCUAUUGGUCCAGGGGGUUCUACCCGUGACCCUGCUCAUCUUUUUCAAUAAGAAGAUUUAUUGUGACGUGAAGGAGAGACAACAAAGAUGGAGACCCAUUGUCCAAGCCUACACACCAACCAUACUGUCUGACGACUCCGAGUCUCACUUAAACGCCUCGACAUCGUCACAUAGAAGGAAAAGGCCCACCUAUGCCACUUCGGUCUCGACUCCGUUACUCGAAAACGGAGGCCAAGCCACGUCCAAUCUUCUGCAAAGACCCCCAGGGUUAUGUUCCAGCCAACACGAGUUGGCCGUUCCCUCACUUAACCGAUCUCCCAGUCCAUCAAGUAUUCGUCCGUCCUCAGUGGUGGAUCGGAAUGCUAAACGCCGACGAGUGGAGGACCGUCUGGCCAUUCUUUUCAUGGGUAUUGUGGCCGUGUUCUUCAUUUGUAAUCUUCCGCGCAUUUUCCUUCACAUGUACGAAACCAGUGUCAUGGAAAAGGCUCUGGAAUGUUCUCGAUUGCGCCAACGAUCCUUUCCUGCGUGGGUGUGGGUGAUGACCUCGGUGAGUCAUUUAUUUCUGGUUAUCAACAGCUCGGUGAACCUCCUGAUCUAUUGCUUAUGGAAUGCUCAGUUCCGAAAAGUGGCCAAAACCAUGCUCAUCAAUCUUUGCUUGCUCAAGAACAGGCUCGGUCAAUCCCGGGGCUACAACACGAACAACAACACGCAAGCCCUCAAUGUGUCAUUGGGGGACGGGGGCGACGAGCCUCGAUCCCGGAACUGUCAGAACUCGGAGCACAAACUUUUCUCUGGUCAGAAAUAUCUGAGUGUUCAAUCCUCGGGACAGUGUUACUCGAGGGAAUUGGGUGACUUCCAGGCAUCUCCCUUGGAAUGCCGCCGAGUUCCAAGUAAUGAUUUAGACAGCCCUCGAUCCGUGGCAUCUUCCGUGAUUAUGAUUGAGCGCCAUGAGUUGACAUUUAGCCAGACUGAGCAAGAAAGAGCAUCUUCCUCGUCGCCUCAAGUCCCGGGCAACUCCUAUUCCAUUCCCGUUGGAAUCAUGAAUAUUGCCAAGAUAUGUAUUGAUAUUCAGAGCACCAAAAAGCCGAGACGAUCCUCUUCGGAACGAAGGAGCCCAUCGUCGGUUCAUAUAAGGGAGACCCGAAUAUAGCCAUCUCCAGAAAGCUUCAAACGUCUGUGAUUGUUACGUACUACUAGUAGAACUUCUUCUACGUAUGAACGUAUUCUAAUAUGUAUAAAUGAUUUUGUGAACUUCUUUAUGUCAUGUCAAGGUGUUCUUUAAAAGAUAAAUCUUCUACAGAAGCAAAAUCAUUAA